AUGCAACCUACAACUGAAAUCCAAGCCUUCAUCGAACGCAUUAACGCCCUUCCAGCGGGCCCAGGUGUAACGCUUGACGCGGCCUUGCAACCUUCGCUCGAUGACGAGGCUGAGUUGAGAAAGCUUUUCGCGACCGACAAGAAGAACGCGCGUCUCGCCAAUCCAUAUGUCGGACUCGUCGACGUAUUCGACGCUCCUGCGACUAUCAGGACCACUAGAGCUAGGGUAGUCAAUGAUAAAGAGGACCUUUCUGCGAAAUAUGUCAUGCCUGUCGCCGACGAGAACAGGAGGGAAGAAGGAACGCCAUCGACUGUCGCCGACCUCGAGGAGUUUAAGAAGAAUUGGGCCAUUUUCACUGAAGGAUCUUUAUCCCAGCUCAUUAACUGGAACAAUGUUGUUGCUGCUGGAGGAUCUGUAUUGGCAUGCUUGACACCCCUCCAUGAGAGCGACAAGACAUCCAAGCGAGCUAUAAGGAAAUACUACCAUUCCAACGCAUAUCCAACUUCAGAUGUGGAUCUUUUCUUGUGGGGUUUGAACCCAGAGCAGGCUGAGGCUAAGAUCAAAGAGAUCUACGAAGCCGUUCGAGAUUCGGUCCCAUGGGAUGUUACUUGUAUCCGCACCAAGCACACAGUUUCUAUUCAUUCUCAGUACCCGUAUCGAUCGGUACAGAUUGUAUUGCGCCUCUAUCAAUCUCCCGCUGAGAUUCUUGCCGGGUUCGACAUUGAUGCUCCCUGCUGCGCAUAUGAUGGCAAUCGAGUAUGGGCCAACCCUCGUGCAGUUGUUGCGAUGAUGAGGCAAUGCAACACAGUCGAUAUGACACGUCGAUCUCCCUCGUACGAAGUCAGACUGUCGAAGUAUUCUCAGCGAUUCUUUGAAGUCUAUGUUCCUACUCUUGAGCGAUCAAAGAUUGACCCUACGAUAUACGAACGUUCGAUAGCUAGAAUGGAAGGUCUGGCACGUCUUCUCGCUCUUGAGAAACUGGCGGAUGACAAUAUGCGCAACACUUUCUUGGAAGGAAGGCGCCAGCUUCGUGGUCGUACAUUUGCAAAUGCACUUUCUCAGCAACGUAGACGCACUCGGCGCAAGUAUAAGGGAGAUCUCAAAGGAGAAAACGACAUUGGCGUCGUCGAGAUUAACGAUUACGAUGUCGCAUCUCUCCAUUUACCUUACGGGCCUGGCUGGGAUGCUAAGAGAAUCGAUAAGUUGGUGUACCAGACGGAUCUCGGAAUGAACUGUAAGACCAUUGAAACCGCGUCUUUCAACCCAAAAAACAAGGGUCGUCGCCUCCAUCGUCAUCCUGCAUUCUUUGGAACCGUUGAAGAAUGUAUCGAAGAUUGUUGCGGACACUGCCCCAAAGCAAUCGACGAUGAUGAAAAGAAGCUUCAAGCUGAAGAAGAUGAAAUCUAUAUUCGUGGACGUAUCCAAUUUAUCCAGGAAGAUCCAGGUCGCCAAAGUAUGACAGGCAGUUUCAAACCGAUUGACGUUGGUGAAUGGAGCGACCAAGUUUACAUCAAGCCUAGCCAGGAGCUUUUCACGGCCAUUUCUGCACACGAUAGGGUUACUGUUCAGAGACUUCUCGCUGGUGGAGAGAUUGACGUCAACCAACGCGACCACGUAGGGCGGACUACUCUGCAUGUUGCGAUCUUUUCCAAGGUGACAGAUAUUGCAUUGGAUCUCAUCGAGGCAGGUGCGAGGAUCACUGCUCGUUUGGCCGAUGGUAGAGCUCCUCUCCAUCUUGCUGCACAAUUCGACCAGAUCGAAGUAAUCCACAAAUUAUUCGAGAAAAGUGCGAAGAAUGCCGAGGAGGCUGAAAUUAAAGCCAACGAAGGAAAAGAUGAGGAAGCCAUGGAUUCUCAAGAUGCCGUGGAGAGGCCUUCAUCCGAAGAUGACUGGAGUUCUCAUGACGAUGAAGAUGUUGUAGGGAAGGGGGCGAGUUCGAGAGAGGACAAAGUAGCCUGA